AAACCAAGUUCCCCGGCAACAAGCAGCAUCCACCCGGCGGGAGGCCGGAGCCAGCGAGGCCCGAAAAGCUGCGGAGUGAGCCGGACGCUUCUUGUCCAGCGCGCGUCCUACUCCUCCACUAACUCGGCCGCCCGUCCCCAAGUCUCGACUAGCUUUUUAGCGUUCGCAAAGCCUAGGGAGGGGGUUAGGAGCAGCCGCGCCCCCCUCUCUGCGGCUGCCUCCUCCUGCUUUUUCGGCUUUGCUCCCUGCCGCGUGCGCCAGGGCAGUGCGCCCCGGCAGGCCCCAGCCAUGUCGAUGCUGCCAUCGUUCGGCUUCACGCAGGAGCAAGUGGCGUGCGUAUGCGAGGUUUUGCAGCAAGGCGGGAACCUGGAGCGCCUGGGCAGGUUCCUGUGGUCGCUGCCCGCCUGCGACCACCUGCACAAGAACGAAAGCGUGCUCAAGGCCAAGGCCGUGGUCGCCUUCCACCGCGGCAACUUCCGCGAGCUCUACAAGAUCCUGGAGAGCCACCAGUUCUCGCCUCACAACCACCCCAAGCUGCAACAACUGUGGCUGAAGGCGCACUACGUGGAGGCCGAGAAGUUGCGCGGCCGGCCCCUGGGCGCGGUGGGCAAAUAUCGGGUGCGCCGAAAAUUCCCGUUGCCGCGCACCAUCUGGGACGGCGAAGAGACCAGCUACUGCUUCAAGGAGAAGUCGCGGGGCGUGCUGCGGGAGUGGUACGCGCAUAACCCCUACCCCUCGCCGCGUGAGAAGCGGGAGCUGGCCGAGGCCACCGGCCUCACCACCACCCAAGUCAGCAACUGGUUUAAGAACCGGAGGCAAAGAGACCGAGCCGCCGAGGCCAAGGAAAGGGAGAACACUGAAAACAAUAACUCCUCCUCCAACAAGCAGAAUCAACUCUCUCCUCUGGAAGGGGGCAAGCCGCUCAUGUCCAGCUCAGAAGAAGAAUUCUCACCUCCCCAAAGUCCAGACCAGAACUCGGUCCUUCUGCUGCAGGGCAAUAUGAGCCACGCCAGGAGUUCAAACUAUUCUCUCCCAGGUUUAACCGCCUCUCAGCCCACCCACGGCCUGCAAGCCCACCAGCAUCAGCUCCAGGACUCUCUGCUGGGCCCCCUCACCUCCAGUCUGGUGGACUUGGGGUCCUAAGGGGGAGGGAUUGGGGCCUCGAAGCAGCGACUAGGGACACUUGUAAAUAGAAAUCAGGAACAUUUUUGCAGCUUGUUUCUGGGGUUCUUUGCGCAUAAAGGAAUGGUGGACUUUCACAAAUAUCUUUUUAAAAAUUCAAACCCAACAGUGAUCUCAAGCUUAGUGCCCUCUUCUCUCCAACUCUUUCCACUUUUGCAUUAUUUCCCCUCCCAGUGUGGAGAUCAGGGAAAAGAAAAAAAAAAAAACCCAAACAAACAAAAAUAUCCAGUCACCCAGUCUUGGUUCUGGGCAACCCGUGUUCCUGCUUCAGUAGCCUUUCUUUUUUCUUUUUCUUUUUUUUUUUUUCAGUGAAUGGGAAUUACAAAUCAACUGGAUUUUAAUUAUUUCAUUUUAAUUUAUUUAUGGAAAAAUGUUUUGAGAAGAGGAAAAGGAAAUGAAAAUGAGAGAGACAGAGAGAGAGAGAGGAGAUCAAAAUAGUGAAAAGAUCCUCCAGCCUGGGAGGAACUGGUUGCAUUCUUAAGGUGAAUAGGAAAAAUAUGAUCUUAUAACUUUUUUUGAUGGGGAAAAUUAAGUUUACAUUUUCAUAUUUAGUGUUAAACAAUUUUAUGUAGAUUAAAAUGAAAGAACAGUAUUAGGGGAAAAAACAAGUGCCUAAAUGUCUUAAUGCUCUCUAUGUGAGGCAGUUAGAAAUAGAAGUGACCAUUAGUAAUACAAAUACUUCUGUCAAAUUUAGUGGGGGUUUUUGGUUGUUGUUUGUUUUCUUGGGUUUUUUUUUUUUAUGGCAAACUUUAAAAAUGUACCAGUGUGAAAAAACACUUUCCUGAAUGCCAUUACUUCUCAUGCCCUUGAAGCUUUCUUAUCUGUAGCCUACUCCUGUUAAGGGUUUCUCCUGUUCCUAGUUUCUAGCUUGCAAAAAUAGGUAACAAAUCUAGCAACCUGGUAUUUGUUACUAAAACAGCAUGUGUUUUCAGGUUUCUUUUCUAUUGUACCUAAACCAGUCUAAAUUAAAACUUAGUAGAACACCA